UGCUCCGGCGGUUGCGGGUGGCAUCGGGGCUGCGGGGCGCCGUGAACCACGCCGCGCCCGAGCAGAAUCCGGCCCGCCGCCCCCAUGCCCACCGGCUCCGCAGAAACUGCAGUGACGGGGACGUUGAUGUGUCGGCAAGUGCUUGCAGCUGGAAAGGAGCUGCCUGGCCCGGCAGAGCCCGUCUAUUUGACUGUCCCCUGGAGAAAGCCACUGUCUCACUGAAGAGCUGCUCGGACAGCUGGCAGAGCCAUGUGCAAGAAAGAUGAGGGCACCAAGAAGCCUGCUGUGGAGGCUGCGCCAGACCAGCGCUGGAAGCUCCAGGUCUUUUACCUGUGCUUCUAUGGGUUCAUGACACAGAUCCGGCCUGGGGAAAGCUUCAUCACCCCUUACCUGCUGGGGCAAGACAAGAACUUCACAGAGGUGGAGGUAACCAACGUGAUCACGCCAGUGUUGACGUACUCCUACACGGCCGUGCUGGUGCCCGUCUUCCUGCUGACCGACUACCUGUGUUACAAGCCAGUGCUGGUGCUGCAGAGCCUGAGUCACAUCUCCAUCUGGCUGCUCCUCAUUCUGGGCACCUCUGUCCUGGCCAUGCAGCUCAUGGAGUUCUUCUAUGGCGUCACCAUGGCUGCCCGCAUUGCCUACUCCUCCUACAUCUUCUCCCUCGUUGCCCCGUCUCGCUACCAGCGCAUGGCCAGCUACUCACGCUCCUCUGUUCUCAUGGGUGUCUUUGCCAGCUCAGUGCUGGGGCAGCUCUGUGUCACCCUGGGUGAUGUCCCCUUCCUCACGCUCAACUAUAUCUCACUAGGCUUCAUGAGCUUCGGCCUCAUCCUCACACUCUUCCUGGAGCGGCCCAAGCGCAGUCUCUUCUUCAACCGGGUGGAGGCAGAUUGCAAUGGGGCUGCACCCGCAGAGCUAGACAAGAUGGCCAAGGGGGGUGAUGAGGGGACACGGGGCUGGCGCGAUGCAGUCCUGUGCCGCAUGCUGAGGGAAGUGGGCACAGUGGCCAAGCAGCCACAGCUCCGGCUCUGGUCCCUUUGGUGGGUCUUCAACUCAACUGGCUACUACCUGAUCCUGUACUAUGUGCAGAUCCUCUGGAACGAGAUCUAUCCUGCCAGGGACAACCGCAGGGUGUACAAUGGAGGGGUGGACGCCGCAUCUACAUUGUUGGGGGCUGUUGCAUCCUUCGCAGCCGGCUAUAUGAAGAUCCAUUGGGCGCUGUGGUCGGAGCUGGUGAUCGGGGCUGUGACGGCCUUCCAGGCAGGGCUGCUCUUGCUCAUGAACACCACCAGCAACAUCUGGCUGUGCUACACCGCCUACGUGCUCUUCCGCGGCUCCUACCAGUUCCUGGUACCUAUUGCCAUUUUCCGGAUUGCUACCUCCCUUUCCAAAGAGCUUUGCGCCCUGGUUUUUGGGGUCAACACCUUCUUUGCCACUGUGCUGAAGACCAUCAUCACCAUUAUUGUGGCUGACAAGAGGGGCUUGGGCCUCUCUGUGCAUCCUCAGUUUUAUGUGUACUUUGGCUACUUCACGCUGCUUGCAGUGGCCUACCUGCUGGCUGCCAUCAGUGUGGGCGUCCGGCACAGCCGCCACAAGCAGCCCACGGAGCUGGCCUUCGCUAAGGAGCUGCACCAGCCCACUACUGACGGGCCAGCGGAGGAGAAGAGCCCAGAGGCAGGCACCAUGCAAGCCUGAGCACCAGCCCCAUGUCCUCACCGUGCCUGGCUGGGCUUGGUGCUGAGGACAGUCACGGACCAUUCAGGCUCCCUUGGAGCAGCGGUGUACUUGUGGCCCCAUUGCUAGCCCAGCCUCACUCAGCAGCAGGGCUAGGAGCCCAUGGCCUGUUCCUUGCCCCUCCAUGGGUGCCCGCUGUCCCACAAAGUGGUUUGCGGCUCUUAAUAAACGAGUAUCAUCAUGCUGUGGUGUGCCUCAUCUCCCACCUGCCCAGCCCACCAGCAGCCCCAGCACUGUCCCAUUGAGAAGAUACCUACUGGGAUCUCUUUUUUGCCCAGCUCUUUCAUUAUGGCCAGGGAAAUGUUCCUAUCCAGCACUCUUUUGGGAUCUGCUAGGAGCUGGUCUGGUCUCUGAGUGUGAAAAUCUAAUGCAGAGCCACCAACCUGUACUGGGGCUUGUUCCUUCGCUCUGUUUUUGGAGCUGAGGAGGCCCCAAACACAACCAGAGCCAGAGCCAGGAUGCCCAAGGUGGUGUCACAGCCUAAACCAGAGCUACCUCUAGGUGCUGUGUGAGGUAGACAGUUGGAGUCUGUGGUCUCCUGGCUGCUGGCUCCCCAUCCUCCUGCUCAGCCUCAUGGAGCCACAUUACAAGAGGAUAACAUUUCUUUAUUCAGUGCCUUUAGAAAAUGGUUUAUAGGACACAACCAACAAAAAAUAUAAAGCUCCACAGGCUUUAAAUCGCAUUAAUUACACAAAAUACAGUAGAUGGUAAGAAAUAGAGACCAUGUGACUCGCACAGCUUUUAUGGUAAGAAUUUCUAUACAAUAAUAAAAAGCUAGUUACAGACUUA